AUGGAAAAGUACAUAAUAAUUAAGGAAGUUGGUAAUGGUACAUUUGGGAAUGUGUGGCGAGCUUUGAAUAAACAGACGGGUGAAGUGGUUGCAAUUAAGAAAAUGAAGAAGAAUUAUUAUUCAUGGGAAGAAUGCAUCAACUUGAGAGAAGUCAAGUCAUUGAGGAGAAUGAGCCAUCCAAAUAUAGUUAAGCUCAAAGAAGUUAUUAGAGAGAAUGACAUAUUAUACUUUGUGUUUGAAUACAUGGAGUGCAACUUAUAUAACCUUAUGGAGAAUAGGCCUCAUCUUUUCUUAGAAUCACAAGUCAGAAAUUGGUGCUUCCAAAUAUUUCAAGGUCUUGCAUCCAUCCAUCAACGAGGAUACUUUCAUCGCGAUCUUAAGCCAGAGAACUUGUUGGUUUCAAAAGAUCAUACUAUAAAAAUUGCUGAUUUUGGUCUAGCUAGGGAGAUCAAUUCUCAGCCCCCAUAUACUGAAUAUGUCUCAACACGCUGGUAUCGUGCCCCUGAAGUUCUUUUACAAUCACCAAUAUAUGGUCCUGCUGUUGAUAUGUGGGCAAUGGGUGCAAUAAUAGCUGAGUUAUUAACUCUUCGUCCUCUAUUCCCUGGUUUGAGUGAAGCAGAUGAGAUUUACAGAAUAUGCAGUGUUAUAGGUACUCCAUCAAAGAGUGAAUGGGCUCAUGGACACGAACUUGCUGGUGCUAUCAACUACCAGUUUCCGCAGAUCUGUGGUGUAACUCUGUCUAAAGUACUCCCAUAUGUUAGUGAGGAUGCAAUUAAUCUAAUAACUUGGCUUUGUUCGUGGGAUCCUUGCAAGAGGCCAACAGCGGUGGAAGUUCUUCAGCACCGUUUCUUUCAGAGUUGCUUUUAUGUACCUCCAUCAUUAUGCUCUAACACUGCUGUUGCUCCCUCUGUUGGAAUUAGGGCAAAACCCUUAGUAUAA